AAUAGGAUCAGGAACAAUGCCUUUAUUUUGGAGAUCCUUAUUGGUGAUGUACUGGAUAAAAUGUUUUUAUGGUCAAAAGAUUGACUAUCUCCAUCAAAUAUGUUCAGCACCAGAAGACAUGGAAUUCCUAAAAAAUGAAUUAAGCAUCCUAAGAAGAAUAUUUCAAAAACAAGAAAAGAACAUGGAAAUACUAAAAAAGGAAUUGAAUGUUUUCAAAAAGACUGUUGAAGAAGUAAGUGAAAUAAAAGAAACAAUCCAACACCUAUCGUCGAAACAGACGACUAUGGGAAGAAGAAUAAAUCAGGUUGAAGAAAGCGUAAUGAAAAUAAAAAGAUCAACUCAACAAAUUGAGUCAAGCCAGGCGACAAUAAAAGAGAAAAUGAAUCAAGAAGUUGCCUUUACUGCCGAACUUAAGUACGGAACAUCUAUAUAUGCAUUAAAAGAAAAUGAGAAAAUUGUAUUCAGUCAUGUAGUCACCAGUCGAGGAAAUGCCUACAACAAUGACACUGGUAUAUUUCGAUGUCCAAGAAGUGGAUUAUACGCAUUCUUUUUUAAUAUCCUUACUUUACGGAACAAGUGGGCGUUGGUGGAAAUAACAAAUGGAAACUAUCCUCACGCUAUAGCAUACGCUGAAGGUUCUUCUGAAGGUACAAAUGGCAGCAACUUUGUUUUACUCUCACUCUCGGCGGGGACUGAGAUUUGGCUGAGGGCUGCUAACAACUGGACGUCUAGAGGAGAAAUAAUGAAAUACAACGAAAAUACCUUUUCUGGAUUUCUUGUGCAUCCGUAUUAGUGGAUUUACACAUCCCUAUCCAAAUUCUAGAUUAACGAUAUAAAAUAUU